GGAGGGGCACAUACGUAAGGGGCGCAGACCUCGAGUCCAAAGCGGGCCAAACGGUGGCCCAGCCCCGAUCCAGGGCCAGUCCAGUGGGGAGAGUCCGCUGAAGGGUCCUAGUGGAGGGGCUGGCAGGACUCGAACCUGGUACCGCCGGCCCUAGGAGAUGGCUGCAGCCAGGGCUAGCCUGGGCCGGAUCCUCCCAGAGUCCUCCAUCCUGUUCCUGUGUGACUUACAGGAGAAGUUCCGUCCCAGCAUAGCGUACUUCCCACAGAUCGUGUCAGUGGCUGCGCGGAUGCUUAAGGUGGCCCGGCUGCUCGAUGUCCCCGUCUUGCUGACAGAGCAGUACCCGGAAGGCCUGGGCCGCACUGUCCCUGAGCUGGGUGCUCAGGGCAUUCGGCCAGUGAGUAAGACGUGCUUCAGCAUGGUGCCCACCUUGCAGAAGGAGCUGGACAGCCGGUCCCAGCUGCAGUCCGUGCUGCUCUGUGGCAUAGAGACCCAAGCCUGCAUCUUGAACACGGCUCUGGACCUACUCGACCAGGGACUGCAGGUCCACGUGGUGGUGGACGCCUGUUCUUCUCGAAGCCAGGUUGACCGGCUGGUGGCACUGGCGCGUAUGAGACAGAGUGGGGCGUUCCUGUCCACCAGCGAAUCGCUCAUCCUGCAGCUUGUGAGGGACGCUGCCCACCCCAAGUUCAAGGAGAUCCAGAAGAUCAUUAAGGACCCGGUCCCGGACAGCGGGCUGCUGGGCCUAUUCCACGGCCAGAACCCCGUCUUGAUGAACUCCAGGCCCUGACGGAGAUGAGAGCGUUACUGUGUCAUCGGCGUUAGCAUCUGCCCUACGGGAGGGAGGGGUGCUAUGCCUCCUGGUUGAACAGCUGGUCCUGGAAAGGCAACCGAGACUCCUGGGUGCUGGAAGGGGUGGGGCGUGGGGGGUGGACUGAAGAGAGGUGGAGAGGGGGCUCUGCUGAGGCUACGUCAGAAGCAAAGGGUAGAGAAGUGUCAGAGACUGGGCCCAUAUUCUCAAUAAACAUUGAUGUGCUGUGGGCUGAGACAU